AUGGCGUUUGAAAACCUCAUAGACGAGGAUGACAACGUAGACAGAGGAAGGGCUGUUACCAGAGAAGAGAUCGAAGCCCUGAAACAGAAACGUUACAGCGACUUGGUCCAGCAGCAGAGGACUAUAGACGCUGAGCUAGAGGCUGAGCUACAGGCUCAGGAGGAGCAGCUGCGGAUUGAGGAGGAGGCGUUCUAUGCGGCUCAGCGGGAAGCGGCGCGAAUCGCCAAACAGCGCAAACUUCUGGACGAGCAACAGGCUGCUGCUAAGAAUGGCCCCAAGGCCUGGGUCGGGGGCGACCAAGACGACUGGGAAGUGGCUGGUGGGGAGGAAGAUUUUGAGAAGUUUCUAGAAAGUGUCAAACAGAGAGCACUCAGCACAAGACAGAGCAUGGAGGAACUGGGUGAGGAGUUGUUACGGCGAGCGCGCAGCAACACAGAAGUGGAGAUCCUGAAGCUGAUCGUGGAGGACCCGGCCGACAGGCAGCGCCUCGAGUCCAACGUCUCCACCGAGAUGGAGUGGGACGACGACGAGUUCGUCUCCGCGGAGACCGUCGCCCCGGCGACGGAACACCUCGCAGCAGGGCAUCCUGGGAAGGAAGCCAGGCAUGCUGGGAAGGCGCAGGUGGAUGAUGGGAUAGGUUCAGACGACAAUCAGGACAGAUAAUCACACAGAGGAAAAGCUGGAAUCUAUAUUAUAAAGUCUGGCUCUUUUUACCAAAUUGUGAAGGGGACAUCUCAGAGUUUGCAGCUGGCCUUUUUCAAAGCUUUUAACGGCUUCACCUUAAGUGCAGUGCAAUUUUCUUUUCCUGCUUUUGUAAAAGUUGUGAGGAGAACUCAAAGUUUGCAUCUGGUCUUUUUCAAAGUUUAACACUACACCUAGUGCAGUGCAAUUUCUUUCACGUUUUUUGUAAUAGUUGUGAACCAGAAA